AUGGAUGGUUCCGGCCUCAUCUCGAGACCAGCCACACGGAGAAUUCGUCGAAUAUCCUUGUGUACUAAGAAUACCAACACUAGUAGUGAUGAGGAUGAAGAUACAUUCAUGGAAUAUGGAAGCCCAGUCUAUGUGGGCGCUGAUCCUGUCAUGAAGAAGUCUACAAGAGAUCUACGCAACAAGAAGAAGAAGAAGAAGGAAGAGAAGGUAAUCCCCAAGCGUGCCUCAAAGUCCUGCCUGCAACCUCGAACGAGAAAAAGCGCUGUCACCAAGAUCUCGAUCUCGGAUACCCCCAAAGUACCGUGCCGCAAACCAAGUAACCCUUCCUUCGGGGACAGCUCGGUGUCACAUGGCGACUUGAAUACGAGUGGAUCAUACGUCGUCAUGACAAGAUCGCGGUCUAGACAAACAAUGGAUUCUCAUCCAAGGGAACCCAGCCGCAAGGACAGCAUUCCCUCCAAUCUCCAAGCGGCAGCAUCUGUACCAGGCGAGGCACCUUGUAUGCCUCAACGCAAGGCCAGCAAUCCUUUCUUCCAAGGACUAUCCCAGCAAGGACGUCCCAUGACACGAUCACUGUCCAAACUUCAAUUGAGCUUUUCGCUGAGUGCACCCAGUCCUCCGACCCGAAAGAAGAGUAUUCCAGAGUUCCAAAUGACACAGAUGGCACCAUCUUUGCCCCAACGCCAGGCAAGCUUCUUAGAAGGAGGUCUACUAGACUCUUGUAGUGGUACUGGUAGUGAUGGUCCCAUGACACGAUCUCGGUCCAAGCUUCAAAUGGGGCACUCUCAUCUGGGGGCACCCAAUGUUCCAACUCGAAAGGAGAGCAUUCCAGAAUUCCAAAUGAUGCAACCUGCGAUGCCGCCCCAACGCAAGGCAAGCGAUCCUUUCAUGCGAGGUGGAUUGGUCACUCCCUCCAUCCAGCCAAACGUAGCGGUGGCUGGCCCUGCUACUCAGGCUCUUCGCAUGUACCUGCAAGCAGACACACCUCCACCACAGCAACAAAGCAACAACAGCAACAACAACGACAACAAGAUUCAGCCCAGUCUAGGAGGUCUAUACAACAAGACUGUAAGCUUUCGAGAUCUUGAAUGGGACAAGUUGAGCUUGCUAUGA